UAAAAUAUUGCAGUUAAUGCCCCCCAAGCUACGUCACACAGAGUUCCGGUUUUCUGGUCCGUCGGAAUAUUUCGUCCGCCGGAAACCGAGAGGGAAAAGGGAUGGAAGAGAACGGUCCUCCUUGUAACCUUGAGGCCCCGUCGUCGUCGUCGUCGUCGUCCAGACAGAAGCUGGAGGGGCUGCUGAACAAGAACAUGCGGAUCUGCAUGACGGACGGCCGGACCCUGGUGGGCCUCUUCCUCUGCACGGACCGCGACUGCAACGUCAUCCUGGGGUCCGCCCAGGAGUUCCUAAAGUCCUCAGACAUGUUCUCCCAGGGGGAGCCGCGGGUGCUGGGCCUGGCCAUGAUCCCCGGCCACCACGUGGUCUCCAUCGAGGUGGAGGCCGACACGCUGGCCGACGCGGGGUGCUUCAGGGGCAGCCACUGAGGCCCUGCCUCCACCUGCCUCCAGGGGAGGGCUGGGGCGAGGGUCACGUCGAGAUGGUGGUCGCUGCCAUCGAGGGAGGUCGGAUUACCUGGUACGAGGAGCAGUCGAUGGUCUCUCCGCUCUUCUGGAGAUCCCCUACCCCCUCUGACGCCGUGUGGGCAAAACUUUGUUGCAGACCUUUGGACAAUUGUGUGUGUGUGAUGAGGAUGCUUGGAACGUGUGACUCGAAGUGAACGGGUUGAAAGCGAGAUCGAGUUGUACUUAUUUUUUGUUUUUAAAUAAACUUGCUUACUGUAGACGAA